UUUUAAAAUUUAUGAAAUAAAAAAAACAUCUUCCAACGUUAUGUAACUUCGAGUUUAUGCAGUGCUUCCAACCAAAAAAGUUGGUGGAAUAUGUGAAGUCGCCCCUGUUUAUUUUCCAAUCAGGGUUCGAUUCAUUUCAGGUGCGAAACACUUUCUCAAUGGAUUUGUACCAGGCCAUUAAGAAUCAUUCAUCAAUUAACCCAAGCCAUAUGGCUCUGCUACAAGAUUUUAAACAACAAAUAAUAAUGGCAUUGCCACACUCCUCUGCGACCAAAGAAUAUAUUGUGACUUCUACUUUUGGGCAUAGCUUUGCUUUCGCCUCUUAUAAGAAGCCAAUGUUUGCAGAUACGAAUUCUGAGCCCAUCGAGAGAGCAUUCCGUGACUGGUAUUUUGACAAACAACCUAUCAAUUUUAUAGACCCAAGCAAUGUGCCAUAUUACCCAGGCACAUUGUCAAAUUAAACAGGUUGUUUUGUUCACUAAACCUCUCACACUGGAAGUUGAGGAAGCUGACAGAAAACAUGAAAACUUGAUUCAGGUUGCAACACAUGUAGAUGCAAUAUGGACUUGUAGAUUUGCACAAUGCUGAAAAUAUAUAUAGAUGUAAUGAAAUUGUCUACCUUUUAUAAUUAAAG